UUAACCUGAAGAGAUUAUCACUUGAUACUCAAACAUGAAGUUCCAUCUCUCUCUAUUUGUUAUAAUAGGUAUCAUUUUUGGAAUAAAACUUGAAGGGUGCCAAUGCAAGGUUGUGCAGUUCAUUUUUGGAGACUCCCUCUCAGAUGUUGGAAAUAACAAAUACCUUUCUAAAAGCCUUGCUCAGGCAAGUUUACCAUGGUAUGGUAUUGAUUUCGGCAACGGACUACCUAAUGGUAGGUUCUCCAAUGGUCGCACGGUUGCAGAUAUAAUAGGUGACAACAUGGGACUUCCUAGGCCCCCAGCAUUUCUUGAUCCUUCUUUAACUGAAGAUGUUAUAUUGGAAAAUGGGGUGAAUUAUGCUUCUGGUGGUGGCGGCAUAUUGAAUGAAACUGGCAGUUAUUUUAUUCAAAGGUUCUCUCUGUACAAACAAAUUGAGCUGUUUCAGGGGACACAGGAACUGAUCAGAAGCAGAGUUGGAAAAGAUGAGGCAGAAAAGUUUUUCCAGGAAGCUCGUUAUGUUGUUGCUUUAGGCAGCAAUGACUUCAUCAACAACUAUUUGAUGCCUGUUUACAGUGAUUCAUGGACAUACAAUGACGAAACAUUUGUGAACUACUUGAUGGGAACUCUUAGAGAACAAUUGAAGCUGCUUCAUGGACUUGGAGCCAGGCAGUUAAUGGUGUUUGGGCUGGGCCCAAUGGGCUGCAUUCCCCUUCAAAGAGUGCUUAGCACAUCUGGAGACUGUCAAGACAGAACAAACAAGUUGGCUAUCAGGUUUAACCAAGCUGGAAGCAAGUUAAUAGAUGAGUUGCAAAAGCAACUUCCCAAUUCAAGCUACAGAUUUGGAGAUGCAUAUGAUGUUGUUAAUGAUGUUAUUAGCAACCCAAACAAAUUUGGAUUCCAAAACUCAGACUCACCCUGUUGCUCCUUCGGGAACAUUCGACCAGCUCUUACGUGUAUUCCUGCAUCAAAACUGUGCAAAGACAGAAGCAAGUACGUUUUCUGGGAUGAGUACCAUCCCUCAGACAGAGCCAAUGAGCUAAUUGCGAAUGAGCUGAUCAAGAAAUUUGGGUUUAUGCGUGCUGACCAAACAAAUCCUCCUUCACCAUCACCUGCUAUUGCCCCGUCUUCAAACCAUUAAUCGUGGAUAUGAAUGUUUUGUUGUUGUUUUUAAGUUGGCUUCAACAAGUUUCUUUAGGAUAGAAAAUAAUGCAAGUAAAUUAAUUUAUAGGAGUUCUUUUAUAUAAGUUUUCUAGAUUACUAUUUUUUUUCUCUUAUA